AUGAAAAAGUCGGCAUCAAGUCAGAGACAGUGCAAUACUGACGACACCAUUGGUUCCCCAAAUCUGUCACAACAGACUCUUUUUCUCAAAUCCACUCCGCACCUUGACCACCCUCCACACUCUGCUGCGGCCAUCACCACUUUGCAUCACUCAGCUUUGCUCCGCUUCAUUGAUGCGGUCUACACCUCUUCAACUCUUUACUUCUCACCUCCUUGUGUAGCGCUGCCACUGUUACCCCUGCUGCGAGAAGUCUCGCCUUACCCCAUCGCUACUCCUGUUCUAAUGAGUUCCCCUUCAAAGACACGGUCGUUGCUGGACAUGCUCGCGCGAAAGUGUGGAGCUCAAGCACAGAAUGCAUCAAGUCACUAUACUGAUAGCCAAUUCAAUUCUCUGUACUAUCGGUACAACGUACGAUUCAUCUCGCACUACCAUACUCCUGCACCUCCUCGCGCCACACGCCAAUUCUUCCACGACGACUGGCUCCUUUUCAGAUCCAAUAUUCAGGCUGCGAAUGACCCUCCAAGUGAUACAAGCCUUCAAAUCAAGUUUUCGCUACUUUCGUUGGCACUGCCGACCUGGCAGCGGAUGACGCUGCCAAUUCGUGUGAUACAAAUACUGCAUAUGAACCUCAAUUUCAUCCCCUCAUUUCGCAUUCGCGCCGACGAGCUCUACGAUGCGAUUGGAAUACAGCAAGAUCAGCACGUACAACCUUUGGACUGGCCGGAGCUAUUCGAAGUCACCGCAGCUAGCAACAAUUAUGAGACUUGGUAUCAACUGCAAACCAGUGUGCAUGAUGACUGUCAUUCUGAAAUCUUAGAUAAUUUCAAGCGUCCUGCCUCCGACCGAUCAUCGUACUCCAUUCAUCACAUGUCUGCGCAGACACUAGAAUAUAACUUCGACAUAACAGCUUACUCCACAUACAAAGAGCAAGGUCAACUGUCGAUCCUUCACUUUACCGUCGAUGCGACGCUUCUGGUUAGAGGUGCAGUCAUGUUAAAAAAAGGCCUCCCUCAGCUUCUCGAUAGUGAUGGUGGACGAAUGAACGCGGCACAUAUCAAGCAACUGGACGUCUCGUCUACCACCAAGUUUCAUUUUCAACUGUGGCUUCUCAUGGACAACUGUCAAGUUCCAAGGGCAAUCUGCCCCCGUGACCAAUUGAGUGACACUGCACAGAUACCAUGGGCAUUAUUUCUCCCAGCCAAAAAUGAAGGUGAAUGGGGACUCGGAUUGUGUUUGACUGACGUCACAUCUGCCAAUGUACCGUGCGGUGGGGAGAAUUUAAUCAUAUUUUACCUUUUGACCUUCUUCCUACACAAAUCCACAACACAAAGCUCACCACAGCCUGCAGUCAAUAUGAGUUCUCGACAAGUCGACGACUCCUUUUGGACAGAGCUUGACCGGGAGCUGGCGACAUACACGCCAGCCCGAGGGUGGACGACCCUCUGCUACUGGGUCCGCCAGAGGCACCAAGACAUAGAAUACUAUGUGGCGGUCGAUGUGAGCACGGGGGUCUGCCGUCCAGACGACCCAGAAGUGCUAUGGCGCCAGGCGGAGGCGACCUGGCUCAUGGAGUGGUUUCUCCCUUACCUUCGAUGGGAGGCAAACUGCACGAUUGGGACAGCCGAGUGUCACUUCCGGGUCAGCGAAACGACUCAGACGAUGAAGUGCACUCUCGUCGUCGUCGUCGCCGUCGUCUUCGUCGUCAUCACCGCCAGGCUCACAGCGCAUCCCCGCCUCCUCCGCCUCCCCCUGGUGGCCCUCCCACGCCUCCUCCCCCUCCUCCAACACCUCCACCCACGGCCCCAAUCGCCGUCUGAGUCGCCACCUUUCCCGUUUCCCGCUGCCCCCGCUUCAGCUGGCUAUGAGAAAGGAGGAGGAAAAGAAGAAGAAGAAGAAGAAGAAGAAGAAGAGAUUCCCUACGGCCUAUGGGCAUUUGUAUAA